GCCCACUGCCGGUCACCAGAGUUCAACAGUCAGCGAGUUGGAGGCGUCGUGGUCAAAGCAAUUUGUGGAUAGCCGCUCAGAAAUCAGAGAUCGCAUCAGCAUCGUCAGCAUGAAGUUCUACGGAAGCAGCAGCAGCAUCAGCAUCGUGCUCAUCUGGGCGUUGAUGGGCACACUCCUGGCCCCCGGAGAGGCAACCUUUGGCAAGCUGAAUCUACUGCUGGGCGGUGCCAGUGCUGGUGUCGGUUCUGGCUACGGAUCCGGCUAUGGCUACGGCUCGGGAUACGGCUCUGGAUAUGGCUCUGGCUAUGGAUAUGGCUCGGGCUAUGGCUCUGGAUAUGGUUCCGGCUAUGGCUAUGGUGGCGAGAACGUGGUCAAGGUGAUCAAGGUGUCGGUCGUGCCAGGCGGUGGCUACUCAGGAGGCUACGGAUCCGGCUACGGCGGCGGCUACGGCGGUGGCUACGGAUCCGGCUACGGCGGCGGCUAUAGCAGCGGGUUUGUUGGCGCAGCUCCGGCCAUCUCCACAUCGGCUGUGGUUACCCCUGUGGUCACCUCAGUGUCCACACCCGUGGCCAGCUCCAUCCUGACUGGCGGAGCUGGCUAUGUGGGCGGCUUUGGUGGUGGACUGGGCGGCUUCAGUGGCGGUCUGGGCGGCUUCAGUGGCGGUCUGGGCGGCUACGGUGGGGGUCUGGGGGGUGGCUUGGGCGGCAGUUCCCUGCCCGCCUCUUAUGGCUUUGGCGGAGGCUAUGGGGCUGGCGGUGGCUUCGGCUUGGGCUUUGGCGCCCCCCCACCACCCCUCGGCCUGGCAUCGGGCCUGUGCUAGACGGAUAACGAACGAAUUACAGUUAACUUUCCCUUUUUUUGUCGAUAUUCCUAAUAAAAAGUGUUUAAUUAAAAUCUAAUAAAUAAAAUGUUACAAUAGA